AUGCACAUUUCCCUGGAAGCUGCUGAUACAAAGGAUUUCAAUCCCGAUCCUGCCAUACAUUUAUGGCAACAAGCAAUGGUUUGUGGUCGAGGGCAAAGACCAAGUCAGAAGAUCUGGAAGAAAACCAAGGCUAAGCAGACACAGUCAAGAAAUGAGAGUGGGAGUGACACAGAAUCUGAUGCAGUAUCUGAGUACUCCAAGUCAGACCAAGAGUCAUCAAAUGAUUCAUCCAAUGAAGAUGAAGAUCAUGAAAUGGAAUUAAACUACACUGGACUAGACUUGUUCAACUCUGAAAGCUCAGAAGAAUCAGACUUUGAAGGAUUUCAUAUUUAG